AUGAGCCUGCUCAAGUUUCACCGGACGUUGCAAACGACCGAUCCGCACGUCGUGCCGGUACUGAUCAUCGGUCAGCUUCGCCACCUCACGGAGCUACCGUUCGAGCGGAUCAGCCCGAAGCUGGAACCGCGCGUCGAACGGGAAACCUAUGCAAAGGCAGUCUCCAAUCUGCAUCCGGCACCGACUGACACGUGUUCACUGUACCUCGAUCUGGCCCGUGUUGCCGUACUGCCGUUAAAAGCGUCCCGGCACAAUACGGCCUCCAGGGCACAUUCGAUCACGAAGCUAAUUCAAUCGAACACAACCGGAGUCAGUGAAUCGAUUGUAAUCGUGUGUGAAAAGCAAGAUUUACUAGCGUCGGCCUGUGCUGUGGCGAGAGCUUUUCCGCUUUAUAGUAGGAAGACAUCGAAGGGCGCUAAUGCGGAACCACCUCCGACGGUUCACAUUGAGUUUGUGCUGGUGGGCGGAGAUAAUCCAACCGAGGCAGAGAUUACGGAAGAAGAUGUCCUGGUGCUUGCUAACGUAACUGUUGGUAUUCGGCUUACGGCACGCAUCGUUGAUGCACCGUGCAAUGAAAUGAACGUGUCCGGAUUCCUGUCCGAGGUGGAAGCAAUUGCGUUCGAGCUUGGACUCAAAUCGAAGAUCAUCCGGGGGGAAGAGCUGCAAGAAAAGGGCUUCGGGGGAAUCUACGGCGUCGGUAAGGCAGCUCUCGAUCCUCCUGCACUGGCCGUACUGUCUUACGAACCGAAGGGUGCUACCGAGACGGUGGCCUGGGUAGGCAAGGGCAUCGUAUUCGAUACGGGCGGCCUUAGCAUCAAGGGCAAGACGGCAAUGCCGGGCAUGAAGCGGGAUUGUGGCGGUGCCGCUGCUAUUUUGGGCGGUUUCUACACUGCCGUCAAGAGUGGCUUCCGUGAGAAUCUGCAUGCAGUUUUCUGUUUGGCGGAAAACUCCGUUGGACCCUUGGCGACCCGCCCGGACGAUAUCCACCGGUUGUAUUCGGGCUGUACGGUGGAAAUUAACAACACUGACGCAGAAGGACGGCUGGUGCUGGCCGACGGUGUGGUAUACGCGGACCGUGAUCUCAAGGCAAAUGUUAUCCUCGAUAUGGCCACCCUUACUGGGGCGCAGGGUAUUGCAACGGGCAAGUAUCACGGUGCCAUCCUUACAAAUAGUGACGAGUGGGAAGACAAGGCAUUAGAGAUUGGACGCCGCACCGGUGAUAUGCUAUCCCCGGUACCGUACUGUCCAGAGUUACACUUCAACGAGUUCAAUUCGGCCGUAGCCGAUAUGAAAAACUCCGUCAUGGAUCGGGGCAAUGCACAGGUCAGCUGUGCCGGACUUUUUAUCGGAGCGCAUCUGGGUUUCGAGUACAGCGGCACCUGGAUGCAUGUCGAUAUGGCCGCACCGGUACACAAUGGGGAACGUGCGACCGGAUAUGGUGUGGCACUGUUGGCUGGUCUAUUCGGAGAGCACAGCAAGGCAGCAAUCCUUCGCGACAUUGCCAACCAACCGACAGUGCUGAGAAAUAAGGCGGCUGGGAACGGGACGGAACCACCGCUCAAAAAAGCCUGCUUGGAUUGA